AUGUAAGAUAGUCAACACUAACACUUUCAAUCAGAAAUGAUUCCCACUCCUAACGAUGACUUAUUCUCUUAUAUAGUUAAUCCUCCAACACGGGAUUAAUCGAUGUAAGAAGAAUCACCAAAUUCAAAAGUGUCUCCACCUUAAUAAACUGUUCACCAUGUUCCUUUUCAACGACAGCCAAAACUAGAGAAGCCAGUUCAUAAUGCCCAAUAAAACCAAAUCAUCUCACAAAUAGAUUCGAAACACCCAAGCAUAAUAACAUGUGGUUAUUGUUAACACUAAGUCCAAACGGUUAUAAAUUAUGAGCCAGGUGCAGGAACUUACUUAAUAGGAAGUUUAUUGGCAAUUGUAGGUCUUUGGUUUGGUUGUUGUUUAAUACCUUGCUUUAUAGAUGACUGCAAAGAUGUAGUUCAUUUAUGUCCUUCAUGUUAACACAAAAUUGGAAAGAAGAGAUUUAUUUUUGAUUGAAUAAAAUAAGCGUCAUGCCAUUUUUAGAUUCUAAUUUUA